UGUCAGCGUUGGGUUUGCAGUUUUCAAGGAGUCUUAGAACAUACCAGCCUUGCAGCUGACACAAAAUAUGUUUUUGACUUAAAAUUCCUGUUUGGUUGUAGUUUGUGGAUUUUUAUUCAGUAGAGUGACGCUUACCUUACCUUAUGGUGGCGUGUAGCAAAAACUGACUGGACCGUAAUUUAGUUUGCAAUUUACUGCAGAUCUAGCGAUGUGGACUGAAGCAACGGAUAACUGAAAUUCUAUCUAGUCUGCAUAAUCUCAGUGACUCAGCAAAGAAGGUAUAAAGAGACGGUUAUGAAGUUAAAGUAGUCAAAUGUUACCUUGAUUACAAGAGGAUCGUUUUUCAAUCAUUGGAAAGCUAGAUAUUUAUUUGUAUUUAUUUAUUUUGUGUUUUGUUUCUGGUAAGACCAAACAUUACAUUUUUUUUAAAAAAAAGAGAGAGAUAGAGAAAGAGAGAGCGAGAUUGAUUUGGUUUGCUGCCAUCGACUUCUUAAUCCAUUUUAAAAACGCUGAUAAUGCAGAAUUAAUUAUGUAUAUAUAUAUUUUUUUUUUACAUGCCGACAUUUAAAAAUGUCAUAAUUAUAACAUAUGUAUAUUACCAAAACUAGUUUAGCAGGUAAUUGACACCACUACGCCUCUUUCCAAGAGGAAGACAAUAGACUUGUGUCAUGGUAGAGAACGGGGUUUUGGAUAUUAUGUACCUCAACAAGAAUAACCCAAGUCCUGCACUGUCCUCAUCGGACAAAGAAAAGAAGAACUUUGACAACUUCAAAAUUAGCUUCACAGACGACUACCCAAAGAAAAAUGCGGAGAUCUUAAGUGGCCAGUAUGGAAUUAACUUGCUGCUGGUUGGUUUAUCGCUUAUGUUGGCACUGUCUUACCAACGCUCGGCUGUAAAGGAAGAGCACAUCUUGUCUUUUCUCAUCUCCCUGAUGAUACUGCAGAUCACCUGGAUGCUCUGGUACAUCAUCAGGAAAGACAGGCAGAAAUUGUUUGUGUCGGAGAAGGAUUCUGAUGCUGGGACAAGCUGGCUGAGAGGUGGGCUAACCUUGCUUGCGCUUAUUUCAUUAAUUAUGGAUGCCUUCCGAAUAGGAUAUUACGUUGGGUAUAAAACGUGCUUGUCGCCAGCAGUUGGAGUUUAUCCUGUAAUCCAUGCAGUACAUACAAUAUCACAGGUACAUUUUCUUUGGUUUCAUGUAAAUGAUGUGAUCAAAACCUUUGAGACUUUUGAAAGGUUUGGAGUGAUCCAUGCAGUCUUCACAAACCUGCUUUUAUGGUGUAAUGGAGUGAUAUCAGAAGCAGAACAUCUUUUAGAUACACACAAAAGAAGAUUGUUGGAUCUUGGCUAUACAAAUGUAACAGUGGGUGAGAAGGAACCCCACUGUAACUGUACCACCAACAUCUGCUCCAUUUUCUCCCACAGUCUUUACUACCUGUAUCCAUUCAACAUUGAAUAUCAUAUUUUUGUCUCUGUUGUGCUUUUCGUUAUGUGGAAGAACAUUGGACGUAUUAUUGAAUACCAAAGACACGAAAAGGUUGUUAUGAGGACUAAAGGCCUUUUUGCAGGCCCCAUUCUGGGACUAAUUGCAUUAGCAAGUACCGUAACGGUGCUAGUUGUAUAUAUUCUUCAGGUGGGAGAUUCAGUAGAAACCAGAGAGUCAGCCGUAACUAUGUUUUAUUGUUACGGCAUUGUCAUGCUGCUAUUUAUGUGCUUGGCUGGCAGUGUUGGCCUGCUGAUCUUCCGAUCUGACAAUGUACCACUGGAUUAUUCCAAGAACCCCUCCAGAAAACUAGACGCUGACUUGCUGUUUGGCACAGCUAUUGGUUCUUGGCUCAUGUCCUGGUGCAGUAUCUUAGCAGUUAUAUCUGCGACAACCCGUCCAGUAUACGGAUGGAUAAACUUUAUGUACUCAUUGCUAAUUAUAAUUGAGAAGUACAUUCAAAACCUCUUCAUUAUUGAAUCUCUUCAUCGAAAAGAGGAAACGAACGAGAGGGAUGAGGUCGAGACUAUACCAGAGAUAUACUCUGUGUCAGCAGGCAGCAGUCUCUCACUCGCUUCUUCAUACAAUGGCAUUAUCAAUAGGGCAUUUGAGAAUCAGGAUAAAGUGUGUGUCUCUCUGGAGACUGAUCAAGAGGAUAAUAACCAAGUGUAUAGUCACAGCGGGAGCCUCCCAGAAGGUUCCAUUUCACUGCCCACAAGGAGCUCGGCAGAACUCAGCAAGAGGAGAAGAGUUCUCAAGAACAUUGCAGUAUUUUUGUUCCUCUGCAACAUCUCGUUUUGGAUCCUUCCAGCAUUUGGGUGUCGUCCCCAGUUUGAUAAUGGAAUGGAAGAGAAAACAUUUGGCUAUACGAUUUGGACCACAAUAGUCAACGUUGCAAUGCCCUUGAAUCUGUUUUAUCGUAUGCAUUCCGUUGCUUCACUUUUCGAAGUAUUCAGAAAAGUUUGAAAUGACAUAGAUACUGUAACUAAACUGGAAGUUAACUAAGUUAUAUAUUUUAUACUGCUAAAUAUUCACAGGUAUUUAUUUUUUUGUGGAUAAUUGGGGGGGGGGGCACCUAUUUCUUACCUCUUACCUUAUCCUUUUGCUUCAUGUGUUAUGUUUUGUAAAACUUACAGGGUGGUUAACUACAUAGAUAAUGCCAGCAGGUUGGAGACAUUUUCCUUUUUCUGUUUUACUGUGUUUCUGAUCAAUGAUUCUGAUGUUUGAUUAUAAGGUUGAUUUAAAACUAUUUGCACAUUUUUAAUGUAAGAUUAAAACUGUUUCUUGUGUUCUUCUAAAAUAAUAAAGUUGAUUUAACUUCUACAUAUGGAAUAUACUGUGUAUUUAGACUUGGCUAAAGUUUCUUUACGGAGACAAAUAUGGGUAAUGGGUUGGGUCAGCGCUCAUGUAGAACCACUCUGCCCUGUUGUUGCAGCUCUUUUUAACCUACUCUGUAUGGUAGAAUUUUACAACAUGUCCUGUAAACUUAUUGCCAUCUGUAAAUAAAUCAAACAAUUGCAUGUUUGAUACUUAGCAAAUCUGUGAACAUAGUAGAAAGGGUCAGUAAAUUAUUAUGAUCAGUAUAUCCGAAUGUUUCUAUGUAUUUUCUUUUUCCUGUAAAACGCAUCAACAAAAACAUCAUUUUGUGUCUCUAGUUAAAAAUGGUUUGGGGAGAAUGUAAACCAAUUGAGCUGUCAACGUAGUUUGCUUUGUGAUAAAAUAGCAUAGACAGAAUGGAUAACAGCUUGCUCACUUCCUGUAUCCAUUGUCUUGGUUAUUGUGCUAACUGAAUGAUAGUGUGAUGUGUGCAGAGACCGGGGGCGCUAUGCAAAUUAGUUGUAUAGCGCAUAGGGUCAUGGUUAACUGAGAAAAAGGGGUAAUUAAA